AAAUAAUAUAAAAACGGAUGCUCUGUCCUUUGAAUUUACUCUUUUUGUCAGUGUGUAGGCAGCAGUUUCACGACCCAGUGUCCACCAGUAGGAGGCAUUCUCUGGUUGGGAAAUAUUCAUUCCUAGUAGAUGACAUUGUUUCCUUAUCUGUGAAUUCUGAGAAGGAGGACUGUUGUUUCUAUGAAGAAAGAACUAGCUCCACCCUCGGCUACUGCCACAGCUGCUCUGCCUAAACUAAGGACAAACAUUUUCCCUGUUUGUGGAUUUCCAACAUGGAUGCUUUUCAGGGGAUUUUAAAAUUCCUCCUUAACCAGAAAACUGCUAUAGGCUACAGCUUCAUGGCUCUGCUGACCGUGGGAGGGGAGCGGCUCUUCUCCCUCGUGGCUUUCAAGUGUCCGUGCAGCACUGAGAAUACUGUCUACGGGCUUGUUUUCCUCUUUGCUCCUGCCUGGGUGUUACUGAUCCUGGGAUUCUUUCUAAACAACAGGUCGUGGAGACUGUUCACAGGCUGCUGCGUGAACCCCAGGAAGAUCUUCCCCAGAGGCCACAGCUACCGCUUCUUCUAUAUCCUCGGCCAGAUCACUCUGAGUUCACUGGUGGCUCCAACGAUGUGGCUUUCAGUGGCUUUGCUCAAUGGGACUUUUUAUGAAUGCGCCAUGAGCGGGACGAAAAGUUCCAGACUCCUGGAAAUGAUUUGCAAGGGCAAGCCCAAAGAGUGCUGGGAAGAACUUUACAAAGUAUCUUGUGGCAAAACCAGCAUGACACCCACCGACAAUGAAGAGCUGAAACUGUCACUUCAAGCCCAGUCUCAGAUUCUAGGAUGGUGCCUGAUUUGUUCUGCGUCUUUCUUCUCUCUGGUCACCACUUGCUAUGCUCGUUGCCGAUCUCAAGUUAGCUACCUUCAGCUGAGUUUUUGGAAGACUUACACACAAAAGGAGAAGGAGCAGUUGGAAAAUAUGUUCCUGGACUAUGCCAACAAGUUGAGUGACAGGAAUCUGAAGUGCUUUUUUGAAAAUAAGAGACCAGAGGCCUUCCCCUUGCCCUCCUUUGCUGCCUGGGAGGCUGCUUCAGAGCUAUAUUCUUUCCACCAAACCCAGCAACACUACAGCACCCUCCACAGGGUGGUGGAAGAUGGUCUGGAACCUAGCCCUGAGGAAAAUGAGACAACAAUGGUCCUUGUAGGUACCGCCCAGCAAAUGUAGCUCAUCCUCCAUCACUGACUCCGGGUAUGAGUGGUAUACUCAUCUGAGAUCCUCCUACUGCUCAACAGCAACCUGUAUAUCUCUGUAUUUUCAUACAUUUAGUGUUUCUUUCCAAGACAACAUAAAGGAAGCAGCUUUGACGUACUCAAGUGCAAACAGUGUCAGAUGUGCUCAAGCUGAGGCUGAGUUACUGGUCAAGAAUGGUGACAAAGUUGCUCUGGUAUUAUUGGUUGGGGUUUUGGCUCAGUGGCCCCUAAGGUCCCUCUAAGUUCUAAGAUUUCAAGUUCAAGUUCUAAGACAGCAUGACAUACGCAAGAGGAUCUGCCAUUCUCUGCAAAUAUUGGCAUGAAAUCUGGAUGCAAAAGCAAUGUCUCAGGAGAGAGGGAGGUACUCUUAACAUAAACUGCCAGACACAGUAGGAUCUCAGGUAUGACUACCAGGGGUCCUUGUCCUGCAUAUCUGUCCUACUGUCUUUUGAAGUAUAUAUGAAAUUCUACCAUUUGAAAUUAAUUGCCUCAGAAUCUGGAGACCUCAGUGCUCAAAAAUAAUCAACUGAAAGGAGAUGAUGUCUAAAAUUUAGAGCUUUUAACUUGUUUCUACCGUAUACUGAAAAUAAUGCCCCUGGAGGCCGGCCCACAUUAUGACUUCCGUGGGCCCUAGGAACUCUUAUCUUUCAGAACCCUUCUACAUUAAAAAAUAUAUAUUUAGACCACACUGAUAUAAAAAUGAAUAUAUUAAUAUUAUAUGUUAAAACAUUUUCUCCAACCUAAAAGUUCAUUAAUUUUCAAUUAAAAACACUUUUGUGGGACUCUAGUAGUAUCGUGGGCCCUAGGCACACCACAGUACCUCCUAUAUCUAAUGAUAAG